AUGUUUCUACCACGGGAAAUCCUAGACGCCAUUUUUGGCUAUUUCGCACCGAAAUCUAGUGCUUUUGACCUUUCUAUUGAGGAGCAUUGCGCCAAUCGGAAAACGCUAGCGUCGCUAUGUCGUGUUUCCAAGCAUUUCAAGGCUAUUGCUAUGCCUCAGCUGUACGCCAACGUGCGCUUGUUCGACGGCGACAUCCGAUUUUUCACAACUACCAUUUUGGCAAAUCUUGGAACGAGGAGACUUGUCACGCGAUUGAGUCUCGAGUUCAUGUUGCCUGGUACAUGGGAUGCGAAUGAAGUCAGCGAAGAAAGACGCCAAUCAGUGCCAAGGAUGGAUCAAGAACAAUGGGACUAUGACCAUUGCUUGAGGGAGACAUUGGCGCUUUUGGGUCAGAAUGGCAUCGCCACCGGCGUUGGAGGCGCAGAUAUACUGAUCGCCGAAGGACUUGAGCUCCAUGAUCAAUUCGAGGAAGACCUGUCCGCUGUCUUGUUGUUUGUGCUGCCAGAGCUCCAACAUCUACAGGUCAAGUUGGAUCCGAUGUCUGACUUGGAAGACUAUCAAUCUGCUGGAUACUGGAGAUGCAAAAUGUUCUUGCAAGCUCUGAGGUUGCCGUUUUAUGCCAAAAGCCAGCGACCGAACAGCACCAAUCUCGACAUUCAGCCUUUGACUCCUGCAUCUCUUUUCAACCUCCGUGAACUAAUCUUGUGCAGCCCAUUCGAAGACCCUGGCACAGUCAAAAGCACGUGGCCUCCGAUCGUCUUUGGCUACAUAGAAGAGAUGCAGCCAUUUUGGGGAUUGCCAAAGCUGAAAAGCCUGACUCUUGAGCGAGCCGAGUCGACCACCCCCCUGAGAAUGCCCAAGGAUGCAGUUUCUUCGGUAGAACAUCUCCACCUUGUCGACACAGCCAUACCACCCGGAGAGCUGCCCGAGCUUCUGAAACAUUUCCCUUUGCUUCGAACCAUUACAUAUGUGCCUGCAGACUAUAGCGGCAUGCAAGAGUAUGCUGAACUUUCUUUGGAUUGCAGAAGGCUCAACAAGAAGAAAAUUGAAGACGACCUGAGAUCACUCAACUCAAAACUUGAAAUCAUUAAAGUUGAAAUACCCGAAGUACCCGAAUGGGCUCGAGAGUCUGACAGUGAAGAGGAAGAUGAAGAAGACUAG